AUGAAAGCUGUUUGUCUUGCUCUUCUUGUGGCCUGCGUCAUGGUGUCCACAGCUGUAGCAACAUACGGGUCUUACGGCCGUGGAGGUUGGGGUGGAAACUACUAUGGUGGGUAUGGACUUCGUGGAGGAUACUACGGGGGCGGACUUCUAGGUGGUGGAUACGGUGGAUACGGCGGAUAUGGUGGGUAUGGUGGAUAUGGAGGAUAUGGUGGAUAUGGUGGAUAUGGAGGCGGCGGUCUCUUUGGUGGAUUCGGAGGAUUUUCGAGACGUGGAUAUUAUUAG